AUGAUGGCACAAGAUACAACAGGAGCUAGGCGCUACUGCAAGCGUGUUCAUUUGCAGGCUGCUAUGGGACAAGAGGAGUCUCAAGAUAUAUAUUAUCUACAUAAGAUCGUUAAAUUGGUUGAGGAAAAGAUGAAGUUGUUGAUUGAUGUCUUACCUAAGAAACCAGUUGAAGAAAGAAAAAGGUUCAAAAGUACUCCAACAGUAGAGAAGAACAAAAAGGUGGAGAUUGUGAGGAACAAGAUAACCCAGGAGUUGGAAGAGUUCAUUACGAAUGAGCUGAAGGGGACAGAAGCGAAGGUGGUGAUCCAGAAAACAUUGUACAAAAGUGAUCUGGAGGAAAACUAG